GGUGCCGCUCCCGGGGUGUGCGGGGAGGGGGACGGCUCGGCCCGGCGCUCUGCCGGCUCCUUCAGGGGCGGCCUCGGCGCCCGCCGCGCUGCCUCCGGGGCCAGGCCGGGCCCGCCUCAGCCCGCCCCUGGGGAGGGGCUUGGCCGCGGCGUCCCCCCCCUCCACCGGCUGCGCACGUCGGCGAAGCCUGGUGCUCUGCUUCCCCCGGGUCGUGGCCUCGCCGCUGCCGGAGCCCAGCGGCGGGUCGGAGGAUAGUGUUCGAGACGUGGGAAGAGUCUGGAUAUAGUUUAAGACCAUGGCAGUGCGCUGGAGAAGAAUCCUGGUAAUAUUUGUGGCAGCUCAAGUACUAUUUGUGGUAAAUGCCUUUGAGGAAGAGGAUGUACCUGAAGAAUGGAUUCUUCUUCACGUUGUUCAAGGUCAAAUCGGAGCAGGAAACUACAGCUAUUUGAGACUAAAUCACGAGGGAAAGAUAGUACUUCAGAUGCGGAGUUUAAAAGGUGAUGCAGACUUGUACGUAUCUGACAUGACGCUUCACCCCAGCUUUGACGAAUAUGAGUUACAGUCUGUAACUUGCGGCCAAGAUGUUGUCCAUGUACCCGCACACUUCCGCCGCCCAGUGGGAAUAGGGAUUUAUGGUCAUCCCUCUCACCUGGAGAGCGAAUUUGAAAUGAAAGUAUACUACGAUCGAACAGUUGUACAGUACCCCUUUGGCGAGGCUUCUUACAACCCCGAGGAGAUGGAGGCAAACCAGAAAUACUCACAGUCUACAGAAGAUGAGUUUCAGGAUGGGGAAUCUGUUUUCUGGACUAUACUUUUUGGAAUCUUGAAAUUAAUACUUGAAAUUCUUUUUUAAAUGGAUACACAUUGGACUAAAUCACGCUUCAGCCUGUGAAAUUGAACACAAAUGACUUGCUGUAAUAUUUAAUACUCUUUGUUAUGUUUCCUGAAGAGGUAUUCAGGUUACUUUUCCUAAACCAGAAAGGAAUCGGGGGAAAAAGCCAUAUUUUAAUUUUAUAUUGUAAAUCCUCCCCAUAUGUAAAAUGAGCAGCAAGCAUAGUAUUUGCAGUGUUCUUCAGAGAUCAGGGCUUAAAAAUGAAUGUACAGUUGGGUUCUUGUUAAAUUCACUUUAAACAGGUGCUUAGGAAAAUCAGCUCCAAGUCAGUAUUUUCUAUUGUUGUUAUAAAGAAAAGUAAAAUAAUGAAGUACUGCACUUCAGUGCCCCCUCUCAAUUUAGAGCAUAUUUAAAAUCUACUCCUUUUCUGAGCAAGUAUUUCCAGUGUAAAAAUAAUUAGCAAUGGCUUUUGAGUGUAUAUGAGGCGAGGAGCCUAGGGUAAAGGAAGGAAAAACCAAUCAAUCACCUAAGGGGCUAGAUGAUCUGUAUUUUGACUGCUUGUGCUCCGCAUCGAGUCAGCCGUCUGUCAAGCAGAGGUCUGUCCAGUCACUCAUCACCUCUGCAAAUCCAUGACCUGGAUCAAGCGCGUGUUACCUCUUCACUAUUACUGCAGGGAGUGCAAGCCUUCAGCUGUUGUUGUCAAUACGACAUUUCCAUUCCUCGUUAAAAAGCAACGCAGCAUAUAGUAUCUUCAACUUGAGAGGUGUUUUCUUACACCUCCCUUUAUAGCUUUUUGUGAUUGAUCUUUUUAGUACAUCUUUAUGAAUAAGUCAUUAGCUUGCAAGGAAAAUUUCUGGUGAAACGAAUUUGCAGUAUGUUGUAUGAAGGUCAGGUCCUGCCCGCUCUUCCUUGAAAGUUAGUUUUUCCAGGAGUAUUUUUUUGCUUUGGUCGAGUCUUUCAGAAUAACCAGUUGCUAUGCAAAUAGCGUAUGUUGAAAUUGCUCUGUAACUUUCCUUUCACAGAGCUUACUGAUGAGUGCACUGAAAUAAACAAGUACGAUACUAUCAUUUUAUACAAACGGUGCACGUACAAUUUAAAUUUCAUUACUGAAAGCCUUCUCUUUCUGAGAGGGAAUUUGGCUUGUCUGUCUCUAUCUAGACACCUGACAGAACAUUAUCAGUGACUUUUAUCACAAAAAAAUCAUUAUAUAG